UCCACUUCCUCCACUCUGGAUUGGAGGGCCAGCACCCCUCCUCCGACCCUGUCUUGCUCUGUAAGGAUAAAUGGGUGGGGGAAGCCCGGCUGGGGAAACAGCAGCAGGGACAGGCCAAGAUGCCCAGUCUACUGGUGCUGGCACUGCCCCUCCUGGUGAGCCUGGUCCACUCGGCCCCUGCCCCAGGUCAGGCCUUGGAGCGAGCAGGCAUCGUAGGGGGGCAUGAGGCCCCUGGGAGCAGGUGGCCCUGGCAGGUGAGCCUGAGACUCUUCAAGCAGUACUGGCAACACAUCUGCGGGGGCUCCCUGAUCCACCCCAAGUGGGUGCUGACCGCAGCACACUGCAUCGGACCGAAAAUGGAGGACCCCACAAGGUUCAGGGUGCAGCUGCGGGAGCAGCACCUCUACUACCAGGACAGGCUGCUGCCCGUCAGCCGGAUCAUCCCCCACCCCAACUACUACACAGCUGAGAAUGGGGCGGACAUCGCCCUGAUGGAGCUCAAAGACCCUGUGAACAUCUCCAGCCAUGUCCAUCCGGUCCCCCUGCCCCCUGCCUCAGAGACCUUCCGUCCAGGGUCCCAGUGCUGGGUGAUAGGCUGGGGCAACUUGGACAGUGAACAACCCCUGCCACCUCCAUUUCCCCUGAGGCAAGUGAAGGUCCCCAUUGUGGAAAACAGCAUUUGUGACAUGAAAUACCACACUGGCCUGUACACAGCAGACAACAUCCCAAUUGUCCAGGACAACAUGCUGUGUGCUGGGAACAGCAAGAGGGACUCCUGCAAGGGCGACUCUGGAGGGCCCCUGGUCUGCAGGGUGAACUGUACCUGGCUGCAGGCAGGCGUGGUCAGCAAGCGCAAAGGCUGUGCUCGGCACAAUCGGCCAGGCAUCUAUACCCGUGUCACCCACUACUUGGACUGGAUCCACCAGUAUGUCCCCAGGAAGCCCUGAGCCCAGUCCUAGUGGCUGCCACCUGAGUAGUGGAGAAACCAGCACUGUCCUAUCCACACACCACUGCUUCCUGCCGGGUGGUACCCUUCCCCCACCUUCUCCAUCCACCUGCCCUGAGGUCCCAUCCUUCCCUGAGCCUCUCCCUGCCCUGAGCCCCUCCCUGCCUGGCCCAGGGUGCAGGCAGUAGGGACUAAUCCUCAUUAAAGAGCAUGGAAAGCAAACUUGGAGGUCGCUGUGUUUCUGGUUGCAGGUGUCACUGAGGGAGAGGAAAGGGGUCCAGGGCACGGCCCCUGAGCACCAGGCCUUGCUAUGGGGAUGGCCCCCAGGCCCUGCCCCUUGUGCCCAGGGCCGACUUUUCAGCACACUGGCUUGUGUCGUAUAGAACACA